GCGCAGGCUAAGGUCGUUACCACUCUUCGUUACCGUACGUAUCGUUCUCAGCGUUCAGUAGACGAUGAUCAGUCGCCGGCGUCGCGUCGAAUCGAAUCGUUCGAACAGCUGCGAACCAUGACUACCAUGCGGUUGGUAUCGUCGCUGUUGCUCCUGCUGAUCGUCCAAACGAAGUCUUUGAACCCGGACCACGGUCCCUGGGUACAGGCGACUCGCGGCGAACCGUGGCCUUAUCCUGAUCUCCGACGAGUCAGCAAGACAUUCUAUUUACUUCGCGCCUCCACUUUUCAAUUUAACGUAAUCGGUGAAACAUGCGACAUCGUGGUAGAUGCGAUAGAAAGGUACAAAGCAAUUAUCCUGACGGAAGCAAGAAUAGCGAAGAUCUAUUCGCAAGGGCAUCCAGAAUUAUCGAGAAACAAUGACACAGCCAAAGGUACUCUCAGUGCUUUGAACAUUCAUUUAGGGGAACCAUGCGAAAAGGAUGGCAACCAUUGGCCUCAUUUGCAAAUGAGUGAAGCAUACACUCUCAGCAUUAACGAGACGUCCACCGUCGCUAACCUCGUGGCAGAAUCAGUAUGGGGGAUUCUUCGUGGUCUCGAAACGUUUUCUCAGCUGAUAACACCAGCUGGAGACGGUUCAAACCUGAGGAUCAAAUGUCAAACCAUCGUGGAUCGACCAAAACUACCCCAUCGUGGACUCCUAUUGGACACGUCUCGUCAUUACCUGCCUAUCUCCGCCAUUUUGCUGACUCUGGACGCGAUGUCCUUUAACAAAAUGAACGUUUUACACUGGCACAUCGUCGACGAUAACAGUUUCCCUUAUCAGAGCUCCAAGUAUCCGAACUUAUCCGCUAAGGGUGCCUACCAUCCCUCGAUGGUGUACACUCUGAACGAUAUCCAGAAGGUCGUAGACUACGCUAGGUUAAGGGGAAUUCGAGUAAUGCCGGAAUUCGAUACUCCAGGACAUACCAGGUCAUGGGGUUUGGCUUAUCCGGACUUAUUGACCACUUGCUACGAUUCCAGAGGAAGGGCUACCGGACAGCUAGGUCCAAUGAAUCCAAUAAAUCCAAAUUUGUACGAGUUCUUACAUCACCUGUUCGCCGAGAUAGUUCAAGUAUUUCCGGAUCAAUACGUGCAUCUAGGAGGCGACGAGGUCCCGUUCAAUUGCUGGAUGAGCAAUCCGGAGAUCAACGCGUACAUGAAGCACCGUAACAUGUCGAGAAACUACGCCCUCCUCGAAGCGGAAUACAUAGCGAAGCUGCUUCAGAUCACCAAUUCGCUGGAGGCAAACACCAUAGUAUGGCAAGAGGUGUUCGAUAACGGUGUGAAAAUGCCGAAUACUACUGCAGUCCACGUGUGGACGGGUGUAUGGGCAAAAGAACUGAAGGAUGCUACCGCGGCCGGACAUCCCGUGUUGCUGUCCGCCUGUUGGUACCUGGAUCACAUCGCAGGCGGUGGAGACUGGAGGAAAUUUUAUAGAUGCGAUCCUCUGGCAUUCGAUGGUGCCGCGAAAGUGGCGCACUUGAUGCUCGGAGGAGAAGCUUGCAUGUGGGGAGAAUUCGUCGACAAAAACAACGUGCACCCGAGGAUAUGGCCACGAGCUAGCGCAACCGCCGAACGUCUUUGGAGCAGCGCGAAAUUGGACGAGAACAAGGCUGCUCAAAGGCUCGAGGAACAUUCGUGUCGCAUGAACAGACGUGGAAUUCCGGCACAACCACCGAACGGGCCUGGAUUCUGUGUGAUGUAACACUGCCUCAAAGAUUUUCCAUUUCCACUAUGUAGUACGCGAAGCUUCGUUUUCUACCAACUUCACGCGAGAAUGAUUUUAUCGAAGAAGAAUUAAAUAAACUUUUAUGAUUCUCA